AUGCCCCCUGCUUUCGACGGUAUCUCCGGUAGCUUUAAGGAUUGGCUAAGACGCUAUGAACAAUGUGCCCUUGCCGCCGGAUGGUCCACUGGACAGCAGGCAGAACGCCUUGGUCUGUACUUGAAGGAACCCUUUCUCUCUGGUUGGGAUGCUUAUGCUAAGAAGGUGAACUUCGAGGAAGACAAGAAGUCCCUCCUGAAGAUAUUUGAUCAUGUCCGUCCCCACCAAGCCCUGAAACAGUUCCAAGAGCUACGCUGGUCCAAGGGUCAGCACCCUGCCCUCUAUGCUGCAGCUCUACAACGACACCUCAACCGGUACUAUACCAAGGAGAAGUUCCCUGAGCUCUCUGAAGCGGACAGGACUAAGAACAUGGAGGAGAUGAUCAUCGACCGACUGAAGGCAGAUCUACCCCCCAUGGUCCGGUUCCAGCUCCUCUUGAAAGAGCCUAAGAACCUCAAGGAGGCUUGUAUAAUGUGUGAUAGCGUUCUUGCCCUGGACGACGUUAACCCCAACACCAUGGUCGAGACACCGGCUAAGGUUGCCACAGCCGCUGGUGUUUUCGGUAGCCAACCAGCCGAUGACUCUACGGAUGCGCUCACGAAAGCUGAUGCCAAGCGUAUCGAACAGAAGCUCGACAGGAUUUUGGGUGGUAUGAGACGCAAGAGUGGCGAUCCUAAGCAACAGCCAGAUACUAAUGUCACCUCUACCGUGGCCCUUACUCGGCCUAGGAACUGUGGUAUCUGCAAGGCCCAGGAUCAUCCGACCUACUCCUGCCCCAACAAGAAGUUCUCGGAAGGUUGCUACUGGUGCGGCAAGACUGGUCACUUGGCUAGAGAUUGUUACCUGAACCCGAAUAAGGUGAUCCGUAAUACGGCCUCUAAGCCCCCUGGAGGUUCCCCCCUUACCGCUGGGAAACCCCCAAGGCGGUCGAUAAGCGGCCCUCGAUCGCCAGUACCAUUUGCCCUUGAGACUUUCGGCGGGUCUUAUGGCAACUUUCUUUACGCCGAUAUUUCAUCUGACAAGGCCGCUCGAGGUCCUUGUCAUGCUCUAGUUGAUACUGGUAGCUGUUAUACUUUAUUAGACGAACGUUGUGUCCCGGCUGGUGCCAAGAUACAACCUGUUCGUGGACUUGAACUUAUUUCUGCACAGGGUCAUAGCUUCGAUUUGCUAGGAGCUGUCGCCCUUACUCUGUCCUUGUACGAUUCGACUAACUUAGAUAAUCCUUGUUUACCGGAGGCAGACCCCCCGCCGCCGGGUCCAGACCUCCCUCCUGAUAUCGUGGUACCUAUGGUAUUUUUGGUGGUGAAGGCGUGUGUUCACCCUAUCCUUCUAGGUAGCGACUUCUUGGCACACUAUAGGAUGUCUGUGGUCUAUCAAGAGCUUGGCCCUCCAUUACUACAAGGUGUCUUGAAGGACCGACCUAUUCCGUCUGUAACGGAUGCUGGUCGUGGGUACUCCGUGUCGGCGACCCGAAGGAAACCUGAACCCUUGAAGGUACCUACCCGUAUGAUUGAAUCAUUGUCUAACUUACAAAAAAAGAAAACCCCCAGCAAGAAUUUGGUUAUGCCGCCAGAACCCCCUCUCCGAGGUCCCAACUGCCCUGAGGUUAACUUCGACGAUACCCAGGCUUCUCGCCAUAACGGUCGGAAGAAGCGAAACGCCAAGCGUAGACGCCGAAGGGAUCUCCAAAGGAAGGUUCACAAGAAGGUUCAGAGAGUUGUCGCCUCCGCCUUGCCGUGGCCUCGGUUGAUCGCCAUGUUAUCCGUCAAAGAGCCCUUGACCAACGACGAACUGGCUGCUGAUGGGCUACCGACAAAAAUGCCGAUUCCCGACUCUUGGCUACCCCCGGUUCCACGGCCUGGCGAUAUCGGAACGUUAUGGCCCCCGAGUGGAGUCACUACAGACGAUAUGGUCGACGAUGAUAUCUCUGGUGCCCUUAGAUUCGCGGUCCCCGACCUCACUGAUGAGGUCCCUCGUGUUAUACUUCCAUCUAUUGACCUUUCUGUGUAUCCCAAUAAAAAAAGGUUUGCUAAAUUAUGUAAUGAGUAUUCUGAUUUAUUUUCUUCCCGUCCUGGGAAAUGCGAUUCCGUUGAGCAUGCUAUACCAUUAAAGUCAGAUAAGCCCUUUUCCCAGAAACCACGACCGAUUCCCCACAAAUGGCGGGAUGAAGUCAAGAGUCUUGUGGAUAAACUGUUGGAAGAAGGAAUGAUUCGCCCUAGUACAUCUCCGUAUCGUUCGCCGUGCGUUUAUGUCCCUAAAAAGAAUGGCUCAGUGAGAAUGUGUAUCGACUUUCGUGCGUUGAAUGCCCUUACGGAGGUUGAUUCGUACACACUGCCUCGUCCUGAUGAUGUACAAGAGCACUUAGCGGGUUCGAAGGUGUUCAGUACACUUGAUUUACAGUCUGGUUAUUGGCAGUGCCUUCUUCGUCCUCAGGAUAUUCAUAAGACAGCUUUUUGCCCUGGCCCUGGUUUCCCGCUCUAUGAGUGGGUCCGCAUGCCCUUCGGACUCUGCUCCGCUGGAGCCACCUUUCAACGUCUGAUGGACCAAGUACUUAAUGGACUACCUUUUGUUCGGGUCUAUCUAGACGACAUCCUCGUGUUCUCCCCCGAUGCUGAGACUCACGAAGACCAUUUGAGACAAGUCUUCGCACGCUUGCGUGCGUGGGGCUUGACGUUGUCCGCCGAGAAGUGCGAGUUCGGUUGCCCUUCUGUGCCCUAUUUAGGACACAUUUUUGACGGGAACGGUAUGAGACCCGAUCCGACUAAGGUAGAGGCAAUCUUAAGAUGGCCUCGCCCUGGUAAUGUUGCAGAAAUAAGGUCCUUUUUGGGUCUCGCCGGCUACUACCGUAACUUCGUCCCUAACUUCUCGGACGUGGCACGACCAAUUCAACGGUUGGUGUCGGAGGUCGGAAGUGAAACCUUGGCUUUGGAUACCUACUGGGGACAAGAGCAAGAGGAGUCCUUCCGGGCUCUCAAGCUCCGUCUCGCAGCCCUGCCCUUUCUAGCUUACCCUGAUUUCGGUAUCCCCUUCGAGCUCUAUACUGAUGCAAGCGACUAUGCCAUUGGAGCUGUCCUCAUGCAAGAGGGAAGGCCCUUGGGAUUUUUCAGUAGGACGUUAACGGGCUCCCAGCUCAACUGGCAUACCUAUGAGAAGGAGGCGUACGGUAUCCUACAAGCCCUGAUUUACUUCCAACACUACCAUAUCGGUUACCCUUUGACGGUUACGGUAUAUACAGAUCAUGAGCCCCUGACUUGGCUAGCUAAGGCCGGCUCAAAGAAGCUGGAGCGAUGGCUUUUGGCCAUGCAGGCGUAUUCGUUCAUAGUGAAAUAUGUACCAGGUAAGAAAAAUGUGUGCGCUGAUGCUCUUUCCAGGAUACGCCAGCUCGACGACGAUACUCUACCGAUGGAGCCGAUGGAGUCAGAACCUCUCAGGACGAAGCCAGCCAAGGACGUUGACACUACCCGUGCUCUUGUAUCUGUUGUAGCCGCUCGUCGACAAUUAGCCGCUUGUAUAACGGCAUUGUCGGCACGGUGGUCGAUCGACGAUAUAAGGCGAGAGCAGGAUAGUGACGAUGUCAUAAGGAAGGUAAAGGAACGUCUGUCGGAUCCGUUGCCCUUACGUAGGACCGAAUUGACCGACCUCGCCUUCCGCCCUUAUAAGCAGCUGUGGAAUCAACUGGAUGUGCUAGAUGGCCUACUCAUACGCCGUCGCAAGUUCGAUAACGAACGAGAGCCCCGGUUCCUACCAGUGAUACCACCUGCCUUGAGAUCUGAUGUUGUGGAUGCCUACCACAAGGAAGACGGUCACUUCGCCGUACGCAAGACUCUCGACAAGCUCAAGUUGCAUGCCUAUUGGCCCGGGAUGGGCACAGAUCUCCUCAACCACGAGAAGACAUGCCCUAGAUGUACUCAGGUCAAGGCAACGGUACCUCGAGCCCCCUUAGGAGUUAUGCCUAUCGGCAAACCCUGGGACUUAAUUGCUAUCGACCACUUGAAGGUGCCCCCCAAUGACGAUAAUAUUCGUUCACUAUUGGUUGUCCAAGAUUACUUCACACGGUGGGCUACGGCCAUACCGGUGAAGUCCGAGGAUACCACAGAAGUGGUUAGAGCCCUGUUAGGUCUUUUUAGCAUUUUCGGGCCCCCUGGUCGUGUGCAUAGUGACCAAGGCCCUGCGUUUGAGUCGAAUGCCCUUAGGAUUGUCCUUGAGCGUUUAGGAGUUGAGAAAAGCCAUACCACACCGUAUCACCCCUCGGGUGACGGCUUGGUUGAGCGCUUUAACCGAUCACUGAUUGGCCUCCUCCGUACUCAUGUGACCGACUCUUACCAAUGGCCUAUGUAUCUUCCUUCUUUAUUGUGGCACUACAACAGUUCUGUUCACUCAGCGACUAGGUUCGCCCCCUUCACACUAAUGUUCGGUCGUGAACCGAAGUCUGUCUUUUUGCCAUCGUUGCAGGCCCUUGAUCAGUUCUCAUUCGAUCCAUUCGGGUAUAACGAGUACGUCAAGGCCCUCUCGAUCCACCUUGAGGAUCUUGUUGACCUCGCCCACGCCUCCGCCUCUGCUGCAGCCCAAGCUUACUACGACAAGAAGGCCACUGCUCGUCAAUUCUAUGUUGGACAACGUGUACUAGUACGACGUCUUGGCCCUCAAACCGGAAAUAAGCUUGAACCUAAGUGGAGCCCCGGUUGGUUUGUGGUUGGUCAGAUGCCUGGCCAAGAGAAUAAGGUUCUCAAGCUCAAGCACCAAGAUACGCUUCAAGUUCGUGUUCUGUCAGCUGAUUAUGUCGCUAUCGACCCCCUUCAGCCCGACGCCGUUCCUGACGCCCUUGGUAUUAUGCGACAAGAUCCACUACUACGUGCUGGAUCGCCCUUACCCGACCCCGAUCUCAACAACGCCCCCGGUCCUGAACCCCCUGUACGACCCGAUGUCAUUACAGACAAUAUUCCUNNNNCAUUCGGGUAUAACGAGUACGUCAAGGCCCUCUCGAUCCACCUUGAGGAUCUUGUUGACCUCGCCCACGCCUCCGCCUCUGCUGCAGCCCAAGCUUACUACGACAAGAAGGCCACUGCUCGUCAAUUCUAUGUUGGACAACGUGUACUAGUACGACGUCUUGGCCCUCAAACCGGAAAUAAGCUUGAACCUAAGUGGAGCCCCGGUUGGUUUGUGGUUGGUCAGAUGCCUGGCCAAGAGAAUAAGGUUCUCAAGCUCAAGCACCAAGAUACGCUUCAAGUUCGUGUUCUGUCAGCUGAUUAUGUCGCUAUCGACCCCCUUCAGCCCGACGCCGUUCCUGACGCCCUUGGUAUUAUGCGACAAGAUCCACUACUACGUGCUGGAUCGCCCUCGCCCGACCCCGAUCUCAACAACGCCCCCGGUCCUGAACCCCCUGUACGACCCGAUGUCAUUACAGACAAUGGCCGUAACAUUGUCCCUUUUGGCCCUUGUCUCUGA